ACUGUAACGGAACGACAUCCUUAUGUCAACGCAAACAAAACUAUGUCAAAAUUAAUUCUAAAUUUCGUGUAAAAACAACAACAAAAUCACACAACAAUUUAUGUGCAGCAAUCCAUGUGCUCCUUUUAUUUGUGUUUACUAUAAAGAAACGUCGUGAUGGCUGAAAAGUCUAGUGAUUCAAGUCCAAGUGAUGCGGCCAGUACUCCAAGGCAUGAUGACAAACAGGACGGCAACUGGUGGGACACCUGGAUCUCUUCGGCUAAGUCCAAGUCAGCAGAAGUGUACACGAUGGUGAAGAAAGACUUGGCUGAGAUCGGCCAUGUCAUAACUAUGAAGUUGGACGCGCCAGAAUCACCAGCGAAUGCCAUGAAGAAAAGUCUUAGCAGUUUCAUUGGACAAGUGAGCACUGUGUUGAACCCUGAGCCGGAUGAUGAGGACGAUACGGAGGUCAUCCUGUCUUCGGGAGACACCACCAUGCUGUCUACGUACAAGAAAGAACUAGAAGCUCUCCAACGCGUGGACGCGACAUUCAUAGUGCCGGCCUACAGCCCCGAGUUCGAGGCGUGGCGCGCGAGCCUCGAGAGCACCGAGGCAGGCCUCAUCAGCCUGUCGGCCGCGGCGAGGCGCCUCGACGCCAGCCCCACGCUCAAGGCGCAGUACGACAAGCUCGUGCCCGACGCCGUGUCGCAUGACGACUUCUGGGAACGCUAUCUAUUCCGCGUGGCGCUGCUACAGGACCGGCUGGCGGCGGCGGCGCGCAAGCAGCCGCGGCCCGAGCCCUCCGCAGACCCCGUGCUCGCUCACCUGCCGCCCAUCACACCCAUCGACCAGAGUCCUAAAAAGGUCCUUUCAGGGUUGGAAGACGAGAAGCCGUUCGAAGCUCCCGAACUGGACAACGUCGUCGCUUGGGAAGACGAAGACUUCGCGCACGACGUGGAACUUACAGAGGAACAACAAACACUUCUCCUAGAAGAAUACGAGAGAGAAAUAGCCGACAAGAAACUCACCAAACAAACCUCCUCCCGCGACAUAGCCAACAACAACAUAGACAAAACAACGAACACAGACAAUAAAAAAACAAAAACCGCACAAACCAGAGACAAGAUGAACAACAAGACUAAAAACAAAAAUGGCAGGUCGCCGAAAAAGGCGGGCAAAUCUGACGUUUGUUUAAACAAUAUGGUCGAAGAUUAUUUCGGUGAUAAAAAGGUUAAAGAUGAUGCUAGCGCUAAUUCCGAUGAAAGCUGGGAAAAGGAAUUUGAAAUUGAUGACGUUGUGGAGCAGAAAGCAUGAAACAAUCCGGCCAUAGAGUAAUUUAAGGAUAACAUAGUUCGGGCACAUUGUGCGGCGCGAAUGUGACGUCAUACUUUGGAUCACACAAAUAGCCAUAAAAUAGCCUAGUUCUAUAUUCAAACCACGCAAGUAAAACUGAUAUGCAAAACUGUACUCUAUGUCGUUAACGCACAGUUCAAAACAGAUUGGUGAAGUUAUGAAAUGUUAUGUCAAAGGAUAAAGACCUGUAUUGUCAUGUACACAAAGUUGAAUUUUGCAGUGCAGCCAUUUGUAGUUCGCACAAUGUUCCGUGCCAGCAGCAUUGAAAGCUUUUGCAGCGGCCUGGGAAUGUUCGUUGUACAUUCUAACAAUUUGAUUAGCAAUAAUUACCCUUAUCACUAUAUAAUAAAGUCUAUUUUCCCUCGUAUUCGUUCUUAAAGCAGCUGAAAUUAUUUUUUGCGCGUUUUUGAUGUUCUUCUGUAUUAUAUACACAAACUCUUUCGUAAGUACCUUUUUUAAUUUUUUGUAGAUAAUUUUAUCGAAAAUAUUUAGAGUAUGGAUUUUUAAUUAUUUCUGAUAUAUACCAACGAAUAUUACCAGACUGUUUGUUCUAUACAUUUAAACAUGUUCAAAAAGCCUUGUUAAAUGUAAUCAAUAACAAUGUUAUAUAUUUAUUAUGUAAUAACAAGUGAAGUUCGGACUUUUAAUUCCUGAGCCAUUAUCACAAGAAAUUUUCACAUAGAAAAAAUCUAAAGAAUGGACCAAAGUUUAUCGUAUUCGACUGUAAAAAACAUAAAAGGCAGAAUUUGAAUGGAUAAUUCUGGUAGUUUCUAGAAAGUUCGGUAGUUUGUGUGACAGUGUUGCAAGAAAGAAUAAAUAGUAAGAUGAUAUAUAGAAUGAGGUAUUUUCUUAUACAUUUCAGGGCUGAUUUUGCAAUCGCCAGAUAACUUUUAUCCGAAGAAUAUGUAUGACUUUUAUAUGUAUACUACGUAUGAAAAACUUGUAUACUUGUUUAGGAAAUAUGUCAAACCGCAAAAUUUUAAAAAUAAUAUAAGACGUACCUUUAGGUAGAAGUUAUCUGAUAAUUGAAAAAUCGAGCCUUAAUUUCAAGGAUUGCUUGGUCUAUUCUUUAGCUUUAUAUAUUAAAUUGAAAGCCAUAAAUUCCAUAAACUAAAUGUCACUGGCUGAUAAAAUCAUCUUGACGUGUAACCAUAGACUAUGUAAGAAACGAAAUAACAGUUUUUUUUUCUAUUGUUUCUGGCCAUACGACUGCAUUGUGACUGACCAUGAUGUAAAAUAAAUAUAUAUGUAUUAUAAUAUUAAUUAAUAAUACAUAGUGAUUAUUGUAGCCAAUGGACGCUAGAUUUUUCAAAGUUACGGAUUCGUCAAGUUGGUACGGGCCAAACUUGGUUAGUCAUUUUAACUGAAGUUCAAAAAAGUAGAAAUAUCACUAUUAUUUCAUGAUUACAAAAUAAACCUUAUUCUUGCUCAAUAAAGGUCUAUAUUGUAGUUCUGAAAUAAGGAAAAAAUACAGAUAGAGAUAUUAUGGUGUUUCUUUCUUGAAAGUUUUCAUCGUUUUCGUGUCCUGAAUUUAUCUACAAACACUAUGUAUUAUUUAGUAUAAGUGCACGCGUCUCGGCCGCCCGGUCUCCCCUAUCCUAAUGCAUUUACUUUUACUCUUAAACUUCACAUUUACAAAGAACGUUACCGAAAAGGUUAUACGUCCUUGUCUAUGUGCGGUAAUCCACCUUCUUUAGCUACUAACAUGGGUUUUAAGUGUUUAUUUCUAACGAAUUUAUUUUUUAGUCAUUCCAUACUAUGCUGCCUGAACUCGCCAGUAACAAAAUAUAUUUACAAUUUAAAAAGUUAUAAAAACUAUUUAUAUUAUUUUGCUUCGAGUUUUACCUGGCGAGUUUACCUGUCCUACCAACGAUUUACAAAUUGCUUAAAAAUCUUGCAAGUGGUACAAUAAUAUUUGAAGUGUGAUAUCCUUCUAAAAUAGGUCUCUGAAAUAGUUGUAAGUAGAUAAUAGUAAUAAUUUUGUGCGCUGGUAACAUCCACCUAAUGAAUGGGCUGACUUGGCAAGUGGCUUAGUGUUGCCAGAAAUCAGAAGAUGU